UCCGCUCAGGACGUUACAAUCAAAGUUGGUGGUUCACAUGACAAGACAAAAAAUGGAUUCCUGGCUUCAUAUAAUGCUGAUGUGCGGACCUCUAAUAGUUUCUCUUCAGGUGACCGACGGAUCCAGACUUCCACGUUCUAGAUAUGACAAGAACCAAUUGCUGAACACAAAUAUCCACCAGCUGCAAUUGCAUUAUAGCACAAAUGGCGCAGAAUGGGUCGGGAGGUCUGUUUUUACACCCUUUCUGGACCAGCUGAGUUCCAGGGGCUCCUGCACCUGUCAGUCGAUGAUGCUUGAAGGAAUGUUGAACAUCUACGAAGAAGUCUUCACAGACAUGCUGAACAAGUCCGAGAAGAAAGAACUGAAAAACAGUGUGAAAGACAUAAUGACCGAGGUCAAGAAGCUGAGACAUAAAUACAGAGAGGAGCAUAAGCUUUGGAGAGAUCUCCAGGACAUUCAUUUGACCAAGGUGAAAAAUGGCACGAUCCAAGGAGCGGCACUCAAUGAAUUUCUCAUGGUGUUUAAUCGAGCCUACACGGAAAAACAUUGAGGAAAUUGGAAAUCCACCUUUAAUUACCAAAUACCUGUCUGACCUUGUUGUAUACUAGUGUCUUGCUAUUGUAUUAUUUAUUUAUAAGUUAAGUUAUAGUAAAAUAAGUUAUUUAUUGUUUUUUCAUGUACCUACAGUAACUACAACUCCAUAACACAACAGAACCUAACUUGAAAUCUAACUUAUUUUCACACAAUCACAAGUGUGUUUACAUCAUUUACAGUGUAGAGAGAUGGUGAAUGUUUGCUUUAUAUACUUGGUGAGCUUUUCUGGCUGUAUGAUCAAUUCAAAUAAAACUAA